AUGGAGAGAGACGUCCGGGAGUUCUUCUCAGCCUGCUCGAUCUGUGCCCGGAACAAAACCUCCAACAAACCCUCUUCCUGUCUGCUUCGCCCUCGUCCCAUACCCAGUCACCCCUGGUCACACAUAGCUCUGGACUUCACUGGCCUUCCCCCAUCUAGCAUUAACACAGGCAUCCUCACCAUUAUCGACAGAUUUUCCAAAGCAGCUCACUUCAUUCCCCUCUCCAAACUUCCAUCCGCCAGGGAGACUGCGAACCUGCUGACGUUGAGGAAGCGGUGCCCUCAUUCCAUGACCACAUGCACCAUUGUCAUCGCACCUGGAGGAGGGCCCGGUCUGCCCUUCACCGUGCCUCCAACAGGACUCAAUCCCAAGCUAACCGCCACCGUGCCUCAGCUCCGGUCCACAUUCCAGGAGACAGUUGUGAUGGAGUCAGAGCAGAUCCUCACCAGCUGCAACCCGUUCCAUAAUCAAGACCUCUACAAAUACUCUGUCCUGCCACUUCCACACGGCCAGAUCAUAAUCUCUGCUCAAUACAUUGCCAUCGUCCACCCCACCUCAGAGAAGCGGACCAUCCAGUGGACCAUCAUCAUCAACAUCCUGGUGUGGGUCGGCAGCUUCCUGCUGACCGUGCCCGUCAUGAUCUACGCCAUGGUGGUGAGGAAGAGCGACCUGGAGAUAUGCAUGAUGUUUCUGGACGGGCCUGAGGACAUGUACUGGUACACUCUCUACCAGUCCAUCCUGGGCUUCAUCUUCCCUCUCAUCAUCAUCUCCACCUUCUACUCCCUCACCCUCUACCACGUCUUCAGAUCCAUCCGCCGAGUCAAGCGUAAACAGACUGUCUGGGCGAAGCGCGCCACCAAGACCGUGGUGAUGGUCAUUGCGCUCUUCCUGGUGUGCUGGAGCCCGUAUCACGUGAUCCAGGUGAUUAACUUGAGCAACAACAGGCCAACCAACACCUUCGUCUAUGUCUACAACAUCAGUAUCUGUCUGAGUUAUUCCCACAGCUGCAUCAACCCUCUGAUGCUGCUCAUCUUCGCUCAGAACUACCGCGAGCGUCUCUGUCACAGGAAGGAGUUGAGGAGCUCGCAGCAGAACUCCUCCAAGACCACUGUGGUCAAGACAGACGGCGCCAGCGUGUCCACCGACCCAAACUACCGCAGCACAGCCAUGUAA